CGGACCAGUCCAAUCAGUAACCAGCAUUGCUGACAUAUUUCAGAUGACAGUGAUCUAUCGUGACCAUUCCAGUGGACGGCGACUCGAGCUGUGGCGCGUGAACUGGAGCGAGUUUACCGACGUUACCGUGAAUGUUGCUGUGUGUUUACCGGCGGCAGGAUGAAGAAAGCCCUCAAUAAGUUCUACGUCGACAUGGACAAGUACCUGUACAGUCUGGGCCUCUACAGGAAGAUGGUGGCCCGGGACGCGUGCAGUCUGUUCCGAGCCGUGUCUGAGCGGUUGUAUUACUCUCAGAACUACCACCGGAGGGUCCGUCAGCACUGCGCUAACUUCAUGAGAGCCAACAGAUGUAAAUUUGAGCUGUUUGUUGAAGGUUCCUUUGAAAAGCAUCUGGGACGUGUGGAGAACCCGAACGAGACGGUGGGUCAGGUGGAGAUCAAAGCUUUAUCUCAGCUGUACAGGUGUUGUUUCCUGAUCUACGAUUACCCGGGGAUUCCAGCCAAAGUGAUCUCAGAGGACAACUUCGUAGUUGAGGUGAUGCUGUCCCACUCCAUCAAUGGUCACUAUGACAUCAUUUACCCAAGGACUUACCACGCCUCUGCCGCCCUCCGUCAGUCUCUCCUGUAUGAGCUGUUCUACACUCGGGUGUUUUUGUCAGAAGAGACGGAGCUCUGUCAGGCGAUGGAGGCCUGCAGAGUUGGAGGUCAGCGCUAUAGACACAGCACACCUGAGGAUCAAGCUCACAGGGAGGAUGUGGAGUCCGGGGGAGCUGCUGAAGAGACGCGAGGAGCUGUGACAGAGGGGGCAAAGUGUCCACUAGAAGCCCCGCCCCGCGCCAGACUGUCUCUUUCAUAUAAGGUGAUGAGGUCUCUGGACGCAGAGUAUUACAGAGAUGUGGAGUUUAACAUCCGGCUGGAUACCUGCGAAGAGAUGCAGAAGACAGACUACAAGUUGUUUGCAGGAAGGCAGUACCUCCUGGGAGACAAUUGUCAGGUGCAUUUGGAGGCAAUAGGGAAGUACUCUAACGCUUUCAAUCAGGAAGUAGAAACAGACUCCACGGCCGUCACCCUCAUCAUCGAGGAACUCAGAAAAAAACACCCGGACCUGAAACCAGUGAAUCCAGUUCCUGCCUGGAAUGUUGCUGCUCCUACCAGAACAGGAGACCUUGACUUGGACUCUCGUGGUGGGCGUCAUCAUCGCCAGUGCAACUUCAGGAAGUUUCAUGGUAGCAGUGGAGGGCCGGGUACGGAGAUUCUGAUGCCACCACCAUCCCACAAUGCAGGCCCAGCCCCCGCGGCCCGACCCCCCCGCGUCCAGCCAGCUGGUCACCCCCACCCGCAAACCCCGCCGUUCCCAGGAGCCAUGGCCUACCACCCCUCUGCUCCCCCACACCACCACCCCAUAGCCAGACCUCCUCGCUAUGGAGCUUCCAGCCAUCAUCUGAUUGGUCCACAGUUGACCUACUUCCACCCUGGCAGUCGAUAUCAUCACAACUACGAGAACUACACCUUCGGGUUAGGACGCCUGUUCCCCCCAACGGACCUGAAUCCAGUUCCUGCCUGGAAUGUUGCUGCUCCUACCAGAAAUGGAGACCUUGACUUGGACUCUCGUGGUGGGCGUCAUCACCACCAUUGCAACUUCAGGAAGAUUCAUGGUGGCAAUGGAGGGCCGGGGACAGAGCUUCUGAUGCCACCACCAUCCUACUAUGGAGACCCAGCCCCCUCUGCACUACCCCCCCGCUUGCAGCAAGUGGGUCACCCUCACCCGCAUCCCCCGCCGUUCCCAGGAGCCAUGGCCCACGACCCCUCUGCUCCCCCACACCACCACCCCAUAGCCAGAACUCCUGACUAUGAUGCCUCCAGGUGGGACUUGUUGUCCUGGAUGUUCAACAGACUCCUGUUCCCCCCAACGGACCUGAAUCCAGUUCCUGCCUGGAAUGUUGCUGCUCCUACCAGAAAUGGAGACCUUGACUUGGACUCUUGUGGUGGGCGUCAUCACCGCCAUUGCAACUUCAGGAAGAUUCAUGGUAGCAGUGGAGGGCCGGGGACAGAGCUUCUGAUGCCACCACCAUCCUACUAUGGAGGCCCCGCCCCCGCUGCACUCCCCCCCCGCUUCCCGCCCGCUGGUCACCCCCACCCACCAACCCCGCCCUACCCAGGAGCC